AUGGCGACCCAGAUGGACGCGUACGUGAUGUUCCGCCGCGCCGCGGAGAUGAUGAUGGUGGCGCCGCCCAGGGCCGCCUACGACGAGCAGGACGAGGACAUCGGCUCCGCGUCCGACUCCGAGUGCACGUCGCGGAGCUCGACGUCCUCUUCCUCCGACCUCGCCGACGACGCCAGCUCCUCGUCCUCCUCGAGCUCCGGUGACCACUUCGAGAUGUCCGCCCUCAUGACGCAGCUCCCCAUCAAGAGGGGAUUGUCCUUGUUCUUCGACGGCAAGUCGCAGUCGUUCGCGUCGCUGGCGGCCGUGGCCUCCCUGGAGGACCUGGCCAAGCCGGCCAAGAAGCGCCUCAAGCCGUCGCGGAGCUGUGAGGGCGGCCUUGACGCGCACCGUGGCAGGUUCCUCUCGCUGCGCCGGCAUUGCCCCAAGGCCGCCGCCGCAAGGAAGGCGUCCGCGAGGGCCGCCCUCUCAGUGCUUGGCACCUCGCCGAGGACGGCGAGGCUGGCCGCCAACGCCCUCAUCUUUAGCUAG